GGACUCGCGGCCAACGCCGGUAGCUCGUGUCAUUCCCGGUCGGGUAACGCGGCGGCAACGCGGGGGCAGCAGGAGUAGCGGCAGGCAGCAGCGGGAGCGGAAAGGCGGCAGCGUCGUGAGGGCAGCAGGGCUGUGCCUGUGAAAUGAGAACAUGACAACUGAUGAGGCUACAAAGAAGGAAGGAGAGAUCCAGACGGCAACUCUUGCUGAACAAGGCGAGGAUAUCACACCAAGCAAAGAUCGAGGAGUUCUGAAGAUUGUGAAGAGACCAGGGAAUAAAGAUGAAUCUCCUAUGAUUGGAGAUAAGGUUUAUGUCCACUACAAAGGAAAACUGGCCAAUGGGAAAAAGUUUGAUUCCAGCCGUGACAGGAAUGAACCAUUUAUCUUCAGCCUGGGCAAAGGCCAGGUUAUCAAGGCAUGGGAUAUUGGAAUUGCCACCAUGAAAAAGGGAGAGAUUUGCCACUUGCUGUGUAAACCAGAAUAUGCAUAUGGUUCUGCUGGCAGUGUCCCCAAAAUCCCCUCCAAUGCAACACUGUUCUUUGAGAUUGAGCUGCUUGAUUUCAAAGGAGAAGAUUUAUUUGAGGAUGGAGGCAUCAUCCGCAGAAUUAAAAAGAAAGGUGAAGGAUACUCCAACCCCAAUGAAGGAGCUUCAGUACAAAUCCAUUUGAAAGGAGUUUGUGGUGGUAGAAUAUUUGAUUGCAGAGAUGUAGCAUUUACUGUUGGAGAAGGAGAAGAUCAUGACAUUCCCAUUGGAAUUGACAAAGCUCUGGAGAAGAUGCAAAGGGGAGAACAAUGUAUUUUGCAUAUCGGAGCACCGUAUGGAUUUGGUGAAGCAGGAAAACGUAAAUUUGGCAUAGAGCCGAAUACUGAACUUAUAUAUGAAGUUACACUGAAAAGCUUUGAAAAGGCCAAAGAAUCUUGGGAGAUGGACACCAAAGAGAAACUUGAGCAGGCUGCCAUUGUCAAAGAGAAAGGAACUGUGUACUUUAAGGAAGGGAAGUACCCUCAGGCAGUGAUUCAGUAUGGGAAGAUUGUGUCCUGGCUAGAAAUGGAAUAUGGCUUAUCAGAAAGGGAAUCUAAAGCCUCAGAAUCCUUGUUGCUGGCCGCCUUCCUCAACCUGGCCAUGUGCUGCUUGAAGUUACGGGACUAUGCUAAGGUUAUUGAGUAUUGCAAUAAGGCAUUGGCACUGGACCAGGCCAAUGAAAAGGGCUUGUACAGAAGAGGUGAAGCACGACUGCUCAUGAAUGAAUUUGAAUUGGCAAGAUGUGACUUUCAAAAAGUUCUAGAUGUGAAUCCGCAAAACAAGGCUGCAAAGUCACAGAUAACAGUGUGUCAGAAGAAGACGAAGGAACACAAUGACCGCGACCGAAAGAUAUAUGCCAACAUGUUCAAGAAAUUUGCAGAGAGAGAUGCAAAGGAAGAGGCCAGUAAAACCACAGGAGAGAAGGGAUACCCGGCAUCUUCUGAAAUUGGGCUCGAGAAGGCAGUGACCGAAGACAAAGAAUCAGAGGGCCACGUAUGACUGCACAGCAGAAAGACAAUCCUUCUGAACUCAGCCUGCACUCAAACAGGUUUCUGAAGAACUCCGAAUGCAACAGUGUUUAUUGUAAAGCUUGUUACAGUAGGCGUUAUUGUGGAAGCAAAAGGCCUAUCCAGCAGCUUCACAAGAAACUAUCAGAUCAUCAUCACUGCUGACCACGCUCAGCAGUGGAAUGCGAGUAGAGGGACAGUGUGGGACCACUCCACGUGGAACAAAUGGUUAAAACAAACAAACACACACACACACACACAGUGGCUCUUGGCUGUAGAAGUUUUGUUUUGUUUUUUACUGCGAUGGCGCAAUAGAACUCACUUCAGUUUGCAUCGAUUCUUCAGGCAGUAACUGGGGCUCUAUAAAAUGAGUUGGCAUAUAGGAACUGUCUGCUGUAUAAUUUUGGCAUUGCAAUUGAUUGUACUGUAGUAGCACCACAUGGAUUGUAUGUUAUGUCUUUUUUAAAAAAAAAUCCACAAAGUGCUCUCACCACAAGGCAUUGCUCUAGCAUUACUAGAACCAAGUCAGAAAGAUUUUAUGGACUUGAAAGCCAGACUCCUGGGAUCUCUUUAUCUUUCUCUCUUUUAUUUCAAUUUCAGAUGGAUUUUAACUGGUUUCUUGGGAAGCUCAGUAGUCCAUAUCAGAUUUUUUAUUCUUAACUGAUUGCUUGCUUGAGACAGCCUUGACCCUGUGAUGUUUCUGCACUGCAAUAGUGUACAUGCCAGUUGGUGUACACGAGCGUUUCUUCUCUUCCUACUCUUCCAUUGGCCAAAAGGGAUGAUUAGCAUUGUUGGUCCUAAUAGUGCUGGCAACUUGCUUUGCAGGGAGAGGGGGACACCUACAUGGAAUUUAGUGUCCUCCUCUUUCCCUUCCCCACAGUGGAAGGGGAUAAAAAUGUCAGUGUAUCUGUUGUGCUAAGCUGGGGCAAAUGUAUGCAGUGAUGGACUUGAACAGCGAGUUUAGCCCUUUCUAAAGGGUGUUUUGGAUGCCUUUCUUGAAAUACUUCAGUAUCUUUGAUUGGGAUAUAAGAACAUUGCUUUUCAAUAAAUUAUUAGUUCUUUUAACAGUGCAGUUGUUCAUUUUCCUACCCCAUUAAACAUAUUAAGGAAGAAGAUUUAUAAUUUGGUCUUAAAAUUCUUGCUUAUUUGGGAGUAUGUAUUUUAAAUUCUUGUGUGGAUCCUGGGUGGGUUUUUUUCCCUCUGAAGUUGUGCCACAUUUUUUAUUUUUUGGAGAGCAGAGGAUCCAUUUUGAAUUCCACAAAUGGCUUUUAAAGAUGUUUUCAUCUUGCACCAGUGAAGUUUUACUAAAGGUGUGGUUGUACAAUAUACGUUAACUCUAAUAUUGAAAUAAAUACAUGAUGAACCCCAUCUGGAGAAAGUUAGUCACUUAAGCAGAAUUAUGUAGUUGUAAGCCCAGUGACUUCAGUAAACUUAGAAGGCUGUGUCUGUUUAGGAUAACUCUCUAAGUUCCUCUGAAGUGAAGCAAUGGAAUUAAGAUAGUUGCGGUUAACUUGUCCUGUUGCUUUUAACUAAGCUUAAUGCAUUGCUAAUUUUUUUUGUACUCAGGCCAAUAAGUUUACUUACUUGUGAUGGAACAUAAAACAUAUUCACAGCAAACUGCUGUAGCUUCAUUAUAGUCUAGGAUAUUCUACUUUCCCGGGGACAACAUUGCUAGGUUUUUAAACGAUUUUAGUUAUUUUAUUCUACAUUUUUAGUUUGCAGUGGGGAGUUAACAUAUUCUAAAUGUCAUUUUUCUGGCAGUUUUUGUUGUAUUCAAAUGCAGUUCCUGCUUCUUCCUAUUUCCUUCUUGCGUCUUCUCUCUCUCUCUCUCUCUCUCUCUCUCUCUCUCUCUCUCUCACACACACACACACACACACACACACACACACACACACACACACACACACACACACACACACACAAACAUAUCCCAUUUCCACUAUUGUUUGGUUCAUGAUGACAGAAAACAAUGAGGAAAAGCCAAACCCUUAUUGGUAAUGCAUUUAAACCAUAUACAAAAUAGCUUCAUUUGCCUUAACUGGGAGAUGUCACAAAAAAGAACAUCUGCCUAAAGCUGCUGGUCUCCUAUUUCUUUGGGUAUUCGGGAGUUUGCAUUUGAAAUCUGAGACAAACAGUUAGGAGAGUCAAAACUGGACACUUGCCUGCUUAACAAAAUGAUUCUGCACUUUUGUCCAGAUUACUGUUGAGAUUGCUAUGAGAUAUACUUAACAUGCACUGACAGCAAUCGUGCCAUGAGACUCAGCAGUUAACAAUUAUUGUGCUACAUGACCAGCUGUAAUGUACUUCUGUGCCAGACUGUAAGAUGAAAUACCAUUCUUUCACAACCCAGAAUGACAUAACAUGGAGAAAAUCAUUUAAAAGUUCAAAUUACAGAUCUAUUUCUUUCUUUCUUUCUUUCUUUCUUUCUUUCUUUCUUUCUUUCUUUCUUUCUUUCUUUCUUUCUUUCUUUCUUUCUUUCUUUCUUUCUUUCUUUCUUUCUUUCUUAUACAUAAGCCACCUUAUAUAGGUGGCAGAAGUAGGAUGGUGUAUGCAUAGUAUUGUAAAAUUGUUGUCGGUUGAAAGCAGCAUCUGGAAUAAGUGCUGCAUUUCUGGUAGUCUAUUUGUACAAGCCUCUUAUUUUGUUUGAAGAAAUUUAGACAUAUUCAAAUAUGUACCUUGUAAACUGAUAGGAUUCUAUGUCUGCAUUGUGUGGUUAGAGGCUCUCAGUACGAUUUAGAGGAAGCUGUCAGUAUGAUUUCUGUGAUUGUGACUUUUAAUACUAAUGUGAGAAGCCAAGUUAGGAGAAUAUAUCACAAGUGAACAGUGCAACGGAUCUCAAUCCUGGCCCAACCUAUACUUUACAUUAACCGUAUGAUUCCAUGAGGACUGGCAGUAAACUACCAGUUGCUAGUUCUCUUUAGGAACUCAAUUCUAAAGUGCCUCAGAAACCAUUUGGGUUGGGACCAUGGUGCGGGGGAGAAGUGACUCCAACUUUCUAUCCUGAACCAAUUUCCCAGCCCCAAAUGGCUAUGAGUUGGAGGGGUGUGUGAUUUGCCCCAUGGGGGGCUGCAUGCAAACACAUUACCAGUGGGGCAAAUAACACCCCUCAAGGCUAUUUCAGGUUGGGAAAAUGCAGCAAGGAGGGAAGGUUGGAGUCCUUCCUCCUGCACACACUGCUGCCCCAAUAUAAAUCCCCACCCACAUGUUUUAUGCUUGAGUUUCCAGGAGGAACUUGCAGCCAGUAUAUGGCUGCAAGUCCACAUGGUGACCACGUGUCAACAGUAAUAUGUUGUUUGGGCCUCAGACUCUUUGGAUAUGAUGCAGGGCAUGCCUGCAUCUUAACUAAUAUUUGAAAUGCACUAUGAUCAUAGAUCACUUCAGCUACAGAAAGUACUUUUAGCAUUAGAUGCUUAUUAAGUCAACGCUUCCUCUUAGCUGUGGAGCAACAGUAGAAAUUACUUUACACCUGUCUUCCCAAGGUAGAAGCUGGGGAUGAGAUGUAGGAUGAAGCUCAUGAAGCAUUUAAAAUAUGGCCCAAGUUUUGUUGCUUACUGUAUUUCAGGUUCCUUUCUGCUCUCAUAAAAUCUGUUUCUAGGGUAAUCAACCCAUUUGGCUAAUUUAUGUGCUACUGUUCAUCAUAUCUUUUCAUGUAACAACUUGUGGCUGUGUCAUGUGGUGAGCCUUCCAGAGCUUCAUCGGGAAUCCUUAAAAUGGCUCAGCUAAUCUUUCCUGUCUUCCCACAUCUUUGUUAAGCUACUCCCAAAGUUUCGAUGGGAGUUUGGCUGGCAGUCUCCCACACAUUUACAUGCUUAGUAGAAUUCUGCUGAGGAUGUCUGACAGUUUAGCUGCCGUGGUUCAGAAACUUGAAUCUCUGAAGGUGCACGUUUGAGGAACUUCCUCUUUUACAAUCCUGUAGAGCUGUAGUUUAUUUUUGGUUUUAUAUCUGUUGGAACAUCAUGAUAAUGGCACCUACCUCACUAUGGUGGUUCCCAUUUUGUUUUUGGAUGCAGCCAUUUUAUGUUAAGUUAUACUCUUUAAAUUUAAGUAGAAUUAUGCAGAAAUUUUGUUCCAUAGUUAGCCACUGAAAGACUUUUCAGUCGUCUUGCAUUUGCUAAAAUCUCCUGUUAAGAACCAAGGCAGCAACUUUGAGUAAGCUUUCAAAACUUUGCAGGCCCUCAUCUUCUGAUACUUUUUUUGUUCCUUUUCUAGACAUUUUAUAAAAUGUCCUCAAAGCCUUAAGAAUCUGUUUUAAGCUGAAUCAGACAUUUGGUCCAUCUAGCUCCAUAACUUCCACAUGGACCUCCAAAAGCUCUCCCAAGAUAUUAGCAAGGAACUUUCCUGGCCCUCCCAACCAAGGCAACUUUUUAUUUGGAGACUCAAACAUGGGCCCUUCUGUCUGCAAAGAACUUAUGCUCUCAGUAAAAUAUGACCCUUCACCAAAGCCAGCCUUAAUUAAACAUGUAAUUUAAACCCUGCAUUUAUCCAGAUCCUGGUCCUCAGUUUCAUAUUGCUUUUCUUCAAACAGGUGUAUGCACAUACACACAGGAUAUGCAUAUGUUUAUUGUAACAUGAGACAUUAGGCUAUUUUUCUCAAUUAGAAUGUCUUCAGAGUUUCUACUAGGGUCUUCAAAAACUUGAUCCACCCCCACUGUCACAUACCACUGUCAGACUAUUUUUUUUCUUCUAAAAAAACAAAUGCCCCCAAAUGUCACCUACCCCUCUUGCUUUGCGGUACAUUGAGAAAAUAGCUUAGGACUAUGCUAGUUAUACAUUCCACAUUCUAACAUAACGACAAUUGAAGUGAAUAACUCAGGGAUAAGAUUUUUAUCUUCCCAGUGUAUUUCUGGGGUCCCUAUAUAUCUUUAAAACUUUGAAAUAGAAAGAGACAGGUCACUAGCUUGGAUUUUUUUUAAAAAGUGAAUGAAAUUAAUGGAGGAUAGGUCCUAUCAAUGCCAUUUCUCUGUGCAAACUAAAUGGUGCUUCCUUGUUCAUAGGCAAGGUGCCUUCAUGUAGCAAAUGCUAGUGAAAACCUGGGGAAAUUCUUCCCCAUGUGCCCUGCUUGUAAGCUUCCAGAAACAUCUGGAAAGAAAGUACUGUGGUAUAUAGACCUUCAUCUGAUAAUGCAAGAAAGCAGUUUUUAUACUCUGUUCAGAGGAGCCUCUGAAGUUAGCUUGGUGUGUAGAAACAUCUGCUCCCCACUUCAAGUCUGGGGUAUGCUUUAAACAGGGCUGACUCUCUUGAGGCGAAAUGGAAAGAACUUUAUCUGUAUAAGGGAGCUUCUCUGGUAGAAUAGAAUCACUAGAUUGGGGCAUUGCUGUUCUUAUCUAAACACUGUUCAAAAGUACAAAAUGCAGCUAGCACAGCAAUGCUGUGAAAAUCAUUUAAGGAUUCUGACGGCAAAAAUCUAAAGGCUACUAUAAGCAUUUUUCCAGUAUAAGGUUAAUACAGAGUGCUAUCUAUGUAACGUACUUUCCCUCUGUAAAUUAGUGGAGGUCAGUAAUGCACUAAUCUAUCUUUGAAGGGCUGCUGACCUCAACGAUAGAAGGGCAAGACAUAAAUGGGAGCUGGUUGCCCAUAUUCCCCCCUCUUUCUCCAUAGUCAAUCAUAUGCAGCUUCUGUCUUCUUUGCUAAGCAAAAAGCUAGUGGUGCAGAAGCUGAAGGGGUAGUCUGCUCUCUCCAGAGUUCAAGGUCUAUGAGUGGUAGGAAAGAAUUGCACAUUCAUCUCCUGUAGCCCAACCAUGUGUUAGUUGCAGCUAUGCGCAGGGCAUGCAUUCAGGGACACCAAGUCAUUGGAGUGCUUGCCAAGGGACAAGCAAUCGAAUAAAAAAUUAAAGUACAAAGCUGCUGUAGAAAUGUGAAUGGUAUUUUUGCUCCUGAUACAUGUGUUAGGUAGCUAGAAGGCUUCCACAUAUGAUGGCUUCCUGCUGGUCUUGUAUUAGUACUACUAACCAUUUACCUCGCAUACAAUUUGCUACAGAUGCACACUGAAUCUAUGGCACACAUCUCUCACUGGUUUUCAACUUCAGAGUGAAACAAACAUAAUUAAUGUUCUUUUUUCAUGAUGUGGAUAGUUAUCUCUGUGUCAAAAAUACGUAACGUGUAAAGUGGCUUUGAAAAAGAGAUGGGAGGCUGAGUGCUUCUAUUGCCAACUACACAGAAAAUAGUCAAGUGGGUUACCUACCUCAAGUUCAGAAACUCUUUGCAACUCGCUUUUUCUAUGAAAUGGAGCCUUGCCCCAGUUAUGCAAGGUGGUACUGCCAAAUAUCUGUAACAAACUACUUUCAGCCUAGAUACAGCACUUGAAGGAACAGGGAAGGGAAAUGGUAACUUACACUGAAGUAUCCUCAUAAUUUGUUGCAAGUACAACUGAAGUCCAGAUACCAUGGCCUUAAAAUUAAUUAAAUAUAUUUUUCUUUAUUCAUUUGUGCUUUAACAGAAACUACACAUUUUUUCCCCAGAUCCAUCUAUUUUCACAUAACUGACUUGGAGGUAUUGCUAUACAGACAUCUGAGCUGUCUAUCUUCCAUUCUGCUGGAGGCCAAUCCAGUCUAUUUCUGCAUUUGAUCUGUGUUUCUUCCUUUCAGCAGCAAAUCAAUGAAAGAAGCACAGAUGGAGCCAUAAAUCUGUUGAAGGAGUGUGUUUGGCAGGGGUGAAUCUGUUGGUGAAGACACUGAUGAAGCAGGGGUGAUGUUGAAGUAUUCCUGUCAUAUUCACUACAAACAUAUAUUUUCCUCUAUGAAAAUUGAUUUUGCAAGUUCAGUAUGGAUGAAGACCAAGCUACAACUGGUGGAAAAUGUACCAUCAGGUUUCCUGACCUUUUUUCUUUAACAUUAAAAAGCAGGGGCUGGGAUAUGUGUGCAUGCCAGAUGAGACCUAUGGGCAGCCCUUUACCUGGAGCUAUAACCUUGCUCUGAUAUAUCACAGAGCACUGGUAUUUGCCAUGGCAAAGGAAAAUGCCAGGUAAAUGCAGAUGCAGAAUGGGGAGUGAUUUCUGCGAUGCAGGUGUGGGAGGAAGGAGGGAAUGCUUAUUUUUAAUGAUAAAGAACAAGAGAUCCAGAUAUAAACCUCCUAUGUAGCAUGUGGUUCGAACAGCAGCUUGACCUGAGGAACAUCUAGCUAUACAGGGUGCUGAUUUGACUAGUGACAGUGUCAACAAAAGCACUCCAUUUUUCUCAUGUUUUUCUUUCAAGGAAUCUGCCAGCUUGAGCGGAGGACAAGGAGCUGGACUGAGCCAGCAUUUGACUUGUUGCCAUUAUGGAAGUAGCAAAGCUAAACUUGCACCACAAAUGGAGUACUCAUGGUGACUGCAUUUUACAUGAUGUGUCUGUCUUCACCCUCUGAGGCUCCUUUCCUUGAACAUGCAUCUGAUAAGGGAUCCUUGGAGUCUGGUAAUUUUGCAUAUCCAGUUGCAAUUACAGCAUAGAACUGCUAUAAAUCGGAAGACAUCUAUGCAUUGAAGUCUAUUUUUUUCCUCCAUAUGCACACGUGGUUUUUUUUUCCUUUCUGAGUGAACAUCACAUAAACAUCUGUAGAUUCUGAUGUGGCAAGGAUAUCCAAAGUUUAGUCCUAUUGCUUUCUGUCCAAUGCCAGGGUCCUGAUGUGUAAAGAAAAAGUUUCCAAUAGAUGUUUAUGUUGUAAAGAGCAACCUGGCAGCACUGACUCAUGUGUCUCACUAAAACAUAGCACAACAAUAAUACAAUUCUAGUGUGACUGAGGUCUGAUAAGUGAAGGAUAACGAAAUGGGAGUAAUUUUGAGUAUAUGGAAAUCUUCGCUGAUAGAGAGGCUAGUUGUAUACUGCUUCAGACAGUGUGUGACGGGUAUGGAGCUGAAGUGGAUUGUUCCAAAGUGUUCUAAUAAUCUGUAUGUUCUUGGAGGUGGGAACUUCUCAAAAUGCCUGACUUAAAGCACUUACCAGUGUUGGGGAAACUUUUAAACCCCCCACUUGUGUCAAAAUAUGAAACAAAAAAUAAAAUCUGAAUUUUUCCA